AUGCGGGAGCUCUCUGGAAUAUGCUGAAAAGCAGAGACAUGCUCCCCAUGAAUGCCCACGGCGUAUCCCAAUCCAACUGCAACAUCUUCUACGCGCUGGGGCACGAGCUUUGCGGGGGCGAGCAGGACGAGCAUAGCAUCGCCCGGGUAUUAUACAAUACCAAUAAAUCUGCAAAAAACAUGGCGGGGGUCAUCGUGGGAGGCAAAGCAUGGGGCAGCCUUCGCAAGCACUAUGGCGGGUCGUUUGAAACUGCACGCGCAGCGACGCAAGAAGACCAAGUCCUGAAGGACAGCAACGCCAAAGCAUUUUGCGUCAGUCGCAACCGCUACAGCUUCAACUACAUCGCCUUCGAGCAGCUUGCGCGGCCACCCUCUACUGCCCGCGGCCUCAUCAACCAGUACCUCCGAGCAGCAAAUAUUCAGCCUGGAGGCCCCUCAGACCUCGCACACGGCACCAACGUGGACCAUGCCGCCUCCCCCACCGACAGCGCCAGAGCCUCCCGCAAGACUUCCUCCGGCUCCGUGGAGGAUGAAGAGCACUACGACGCCAACUUGGUUUUCAAGUCCACGCUCAGGAAAACCGUCGAGCCAUCCGCAUGGAGCCGAGCCAAAGGACUCGCAGGCAUGGACAUUCGAGAUGUCACAGUUGCUCACCUCAGCAGACGAGGCAUGGAAGAAUAUGGACUACGACCUCUUUCUCAUGGACGAUUUACAGGAAUUAUUCUUACUCGCAACGUCGCCGAGACGGUCCUUCUAUCACAGAUACAAAAGAGGCUCCGCGAGGACAACAUCGACGUCGACGCCACCAGCGAGGCCAUAUACAAGUUCGAGGACCUGAAGCCGCCAGACAAAGUCAAGGAAGCUACCAACUUCGUCACACCCUUAGUGGAGGAGAUCUUCUUGGCCAUGAAACCAUGGACGCAAGUCGAGAACUAUGGGAAGAACUCCGAGCAAGACAACCAAGUUGCGCAGCGCACGCAAGAGCUCGAGGAAGAGGCGGCCAAGUACAAGCAGCGGCUGAAGUCCGCUGGGAUGGAAGUCACGCCAACCAAGGUGCUCCCACUGCAGCCCCCACCUUCGGGCCCAAGCCAUUCUCAGCAGACACCAUCGCCACAUCCUCCACCUGACAGCGCUGAAGAAGAUCCACCUCUCAAGCGACGACGCCUGCAGCGUGGGGACCGGAAGAAGCAGUACGAAAAGUUGCUCGAGGAGCCCUUCAACGUCAUCAAGCAGAGCGGACAGCAGCCCCCGACAAGCAUGACCUCCAUCAAAACGUGGGUCAUCAACCUCAAGAAACCCAUGCCUGCCGACAAGCACAGGAGUUGGACCAGCACAUCCAGCAAGUCCACAGCAUGCUUGAAGAAGGCAAGCACACCAAGACCAGCCGCUGCAACGAAGCAGCUACAAGAUCGUCUUCGGGAAAAAGGUGUCGUGCCCGAGCUCUACACGUUCAGCCGGUUUGAGCAGCCAUGUGCCGUAUACGUCAAACUUAAAUUCCCGAAGCUCAACCACUCCGGUUACCCCGAGAUUAGCAAAGACACAUCGUUCUGCUACGUCGGAUCCACCAACCUCACCGUGGCCAAGAGAGAGUACAACCGAGUCGCCAAGCUGAAGCAGCUGAAGCAACUUAAGCUACCCAAAACCGAAAUAGCCAUUCGAUACUGGCACGACAAGCAGAACUGCGAGCUCUUCAGCACCUUGCUUCUUUCGCAGCAUCAGGAGUAUAUUGACGCUUGGGCCGGAGAACACUGUCUUAUUCAAAGAUGGCAAACCAAGCUGAAUUACCCCUUCGUUACGAAAGAGCUCGUCAAGAAGGCUCACGGCUUAGUGCCCACAAGACAACAACCUCACCUACAACAGCCACCCGACACCCUAGCCAAGCAGUUGUUCAAAAAGAUUCGCAGACGACGACAAGGACAGAAGCAACGAUUAGUCAAUAUUCUACCCAAGCAAGCACAGUUCUGGAAGCUCCUGUAUGCCAUCUCCAGCGACACCAAGCAAGAAUAUGACGCUUCCCGGGAGCUCCGCAGUGGUAAGCACGACAACGAGACGGUCACCCUCCUCUACCGUCUGGCAAACCACAUGGAACAGCCCUGGCGGUCCAAAGCCAGAGCUCGCCUUCGACGAGUUCUUACAUUUCGCAAUGCCACAGUGCCCAAGCACAACUUGCCGCUCAAGAUUCCCUUCCUCGCCCACAACGACUUCAAGAAGAAUGUGCAGGAAUUUGUCUCCAAGCUCAUUCGACGACAUCGGCAUGUUCUCACCCCGUACCACCUCCCGACGAAAACCAUACAGGAAAUGCCGCGCCCCGCGCUCAACAAGGACAAGUGGCUACUGGUCUGGAAACGCUUGACUUUCACCAGUCCAACCUCGGCGCAUCCUUCGCAGAUGUGGGUGCAUGCAACGCUUUCUUCCCGUCCAAAAGACGUAUACGUGACCAAAUUCAGCAUCAGUUCCAGAAGUGGCUCAAGCACCAUUUAUUCCACAACGACGACCGCAUCAUCAAGAACUUCGCGUCCUUUUUCGAAGAGCAGUGGCAGCGACAUGAAGACCAGCAGCGGCACGAACAUCGACUCACACACACACCGGCUCAUCAAGCACCUGAUCUCCGCGCUACCGCGGAACUACAUCAUCCACAACGAGGACCACGCAAACACCCACCUCAUGAUCUACUGCCCCAACGUCUACAAUCAAGCAGCGGUCAACACCUGGCUGGACAAGAAGACCUUCCUCCUCCUGGACAAAAGCCCCGAGGACAUCAAAGCAGAUAUGGAAAGGCAAACACCAGCAGCGGUUCGUAAGCAUUAUAAAAAGCUUCUCGACUACAACAAUCCCAUACCCUAUGGCUACAUCAUGAUGAAGCGGAAAAAGCAGUGGAGCAAGGGCCGCACAAUCAUCGCCUACUCCAACACAUGCGUUGGACGUCUUCUACGAGUCGCGGCGCUGGCCCUUCAGCAGAUGCUCAAAGCUACGUGGCCGAACCACUUCGGGAACAUCGCAACACCCCAACUUUGGCAAGAAGUCCACGAGCUACUCCAGGCCAACGAGGAACAGCCAGAGCGGGAACUUAUAUUCCUCAAUCACGACCUGGUUGGAUUUGUCAACAGCAUCCCUCAAGCGGAUAUUAUACAAAGCGUGCGCUAUCUCAUCGCCGAGUUCUCACAACACAACAACGACAUCCUGCUAAUCAUCACCUGGCUCCGUCUAUUUGGGCAACACGUCGCCAGCGCCCACCUGGCAGACCAGCUCUGGAUCCGCAGGUACGUCGACAACCGCGCCAUCAUCGUCGACAAGGACGUACUUCACACCAACCCCUAUAUCUGGCAAUUAGCGUCGCUACAAUUCUACAAAAAGCCAGUACAACUCGAAGAUGAGAACUGUGACGAUUUCCUGGGCUUCCGCAUCGAUGCCAACAACAGCCAGGUCAGCUACAGCUACAUCCUUCACUCCCAACCAUGGCGCUACCGGUUGCCGCAAUCAGCAGGCUCGCGCAAGCUCCGCCUCAGCGGCUACCACAGCAGGAGACACAUGAUUGAGAGCACGGUGUUCCCACAGUCCCUGGCUCAACAGCAGCUGCAAGCGCUGGACGACCUCUACUUUAAGCUGGGAUUUCGAGACCUUGCCGAAGGCAAGCAGCUCAGCAAGAAGCCUCGUGAAGAUGUCGAGUUGACAGACGUGGACACGGAUUCAGAUAUGGACCUGCAGCCAGUUCGACUACCCCACGGGCUUCCAUUGGACGAGCCACCACCGUGCCUGCCCCUGAGUAACCUCACAGAGGUUGAGCAAGUCUGCCAACAGCAUCUCAGCAACGGGCACAUCCCUAUGUCAGUGUUUCCGUGGCUGGUACAGAAGCUACCAUCAGAGCUCCUCCGUGCUUCUGCGCUCACACACCGCGGCACACCGCCCAUGGUCUUCACCUCAGGAGCCUACUACCACGCUGGAUCUGUUGGUAUUCGGACCAAUACCAGGAAGUACCCGUGGACAUCAGCUCUUCUUGCUCACAUGGUGCGAGCCUGCACGCACACAAACUUCUCCACAGUGUCGCUGCUGCACAACGUUAACAUGACCACCCACGUCGACAAGUACAAUCAACCGGGCUCGACCAACGUGCUAGUGCCGCUGUCACCCUUUCGACGAGGAGAGCUUUGGGGAUUUGAAGACCAAGGACCAGACCUAUCUCCGAAAGGACAGCAUCAAGGACGCAAUCAUCCCGUUCGACUACCAGGUGUGGAGUUCGACCCAUUCACCAAGCAUGCGACCUGCCCGUGGAAGGACGAUAGAUUGGUCCUUUCAGCAUAUACACCUCUGCGAACAAAUCGACUUGAGCUCUCCGACAUCGAUCACCUCGUGAGCCUUGGGUUUAAUUUGUAA